GCUGGCAGAGCUGCAGUCUCCCUUAGCACCCUCUCUGCUGACAUCAUGCUCCAGUUCCUGCUUGGAUUUACUUUGGGUAAUGUGGUUGGAAUGUAUCUGGCUCAGAACUAUGACAUGCCUAAAGUGGCUAAAAAACUUGAAGAAAUUAAAAAGGACUUGGAUGCCAGGAAGAAACCUUCUAGUUCAUAA